UUUAUAAGUUAUAACAACUACACAUUCUCUUUAUCUCUAACACCAACAUCGAUCCACUACUAAAUUAUUUAGUAGUCUAUCUUUUUUAUUCAUAAAAUUAACUACUCAACCUAGCUAGCUUCACAAAUGGCAAUGGCAGCAGCCACCUCUGCUGCAGCUCUACAAGCCAUUGGCACACCUUUCCUUUCUGGCUCUAGAACCUCCAGGUUACUCCUCGCCGGAGCCAAGACCACCACCGCCACCGCCGUCUCCGGCCAACGAAGGCUUGUUGUCACCGCUGCUGUGCCUCCAAAAAAAUCUUGGCUCCCCGGUGUCAGAUCUGGUGGCAACUUUGUCGAUCCUGAGUGGCUAGACGGCUCGUUGCCCGGAGACUAUGGCUUCGAUCCACUUGGCUUAGGCAAAGACCCAGCAUUCCUGAAAUGGUACCGAGAAGCAGAGCUGAUCCAUGGCCGGUGGGCCAUGACAGCCGUCGUCGGCAUCUUCGUCGGCCAAGCCUGGAGUGGCGUGCCGUGGUUCGAAGCCGGCGCCGAUCCUCGAGCUCUGGCUCCCUUUUCCUUUGGGACACUUCUGGGAACUCAACUGCUGCUGAUGGGUUGGGUGGAGAGCAAACGUUGGGUGGACUUCUUCAACCCUGAGUCACAGUCAGUGGAGUGGGCCACACCUUGGUCCAAGACCGCCGAGAACUUCGCCAACGCCACCGGUGAGCAAGGGUACCCCGGUGGCAAGUUCUUUGAUCCAUUAGGGUUGGCAGGGACGUUGAAUAAUGGGGUUUAUGUGGUGGACGUGGAGAAGCUUGAUAGGUUGAAGGUGGCUGAGAUUAAGCAUGCAAGGAUUGCCAUGCUUGCUAUGCUUAUCUUUUACUUUGAGGCUGGACAAGGGAAGACUCCUCUUGGAGCUCUUGGAUUGUGAGUUAUAUAUAUAUAUAUAUAUAUAUGUUCUUGAAAUGAUGAUUAUGGUUAUGAUUUCUUGUUGUUAAUGUUGUAAUUGUGAAUGUUGUUGUUGUUCAUGUUCAUGUUGAUCUUGAUCUUGAUGUUGAUGAGAUGGUACGUACGUACGUGUUCAUUUUGGAAGGACAACAUGCAUGCAGUGUAUAGAAUAUAUGGAAACAGGUUGGAGUUGAUCAAUGCAUGCAUGCAUGUGUCUACACUUUGUAGGGUUUUAUUUUUAA